ACUCCCUUCGUCUUGCCGUCCGACCUCGAUUUGGGAGUCGCAGAUUUUUAACCCACGCUGGACGGAGAGACAGAGAGUGAGAGAGCAGCGGUUGGGCGAGCGAAUUAGUGAGAGAGAUGAAGAUCUUCGUCAAGACUCUCAAGGGCACCAACUUCGAGAUCGAUGUCAAGCCCGAGGACACGGUUGCUGAUGUAAAAAGAUACAUUGAGACUUCCCAAGGAAAAACUGUUUAUCCAGCUGAACAGCAGAUGCUUAUACAUCAAGGGAAAGUUCUUAAAGAUGAUACUACAUUGGAUGAGAAUAAAGUUUCUGAAAAUAGUUUUCUUGUUAUAAUGCUGAGUAAGUCGAAGGGAUCAUCUAGUGGAGCUUCAACAACCUCUGAAGCACCUCCAAGUCAGGUUAGAAGACAAUUCAUUGAUGCCCUACCUACCAAUACUGCCACUCUUGUCCCUUUGGCACCAGCGUCAGCUCCUCAAGCAUCUGCAGCAACAUUGCCCCUGAUUCCUACAAGUGCUCCAGUUCCAACCGCCACAGCUGCUCCAGCUCCUGGAUCUACCAUAUCCACUGAAGUAGAUGCAUAUGGUCAAGCAGCAUCAAAUCUUGUUGCUGGCAAUACCUUGGAGCAAACCAUUCAACAAAUUCUUGACAUGGGAGGAGGGACCUGGGACAGGGAUACUGUUGUUCGUGCCUUGCGUGCUGCAUAUAACAACCCUGAGCGUGCUAUUGAAUAUUUAUACUCUGGCAUUCCUGAGCAUGCUGCAGCCCCACCAGUUGCACAAGCGCCUCCAAGUGGGCAAACAACCGAUUCUCCUAUCCAGGUGCCACAACCAGUUCAACCUGCAGUCCCUAUGGGUGGUCCUAAUGCUAAUCCUUUGGACCUCUUUCCUCAGGGUCUUCCAGAUGUUGGGUCAAAUGCUGGUGGUGGCAGCCUUGAUUUUUUACAGAAUAGUCCACAGUUUCGAGCUUUGCAGGCUUUGGUACAGGCGAACCCUCAAUUUUUGCAGCCCAUGCUUCAAGAACUGGGAAAACAAAACCCUCAGAUUUUGAGGCUCAUUCAGGAACACCAGGGAGAGUUUCUGCGAUUGAUAAAUGAGCCUGCUGAGGGAACUGAAGGUGGCAACUUUCUAGGUCAGGUGCCUGCUGGAAUGCCACAAGCCCUAAGUGUCACUCCUGAGGAGCACGAAGCCAUUGAGCGUCUAGAAGCCAUGGGCUUCGAGCGGGCACUUGUGCUGCAGGUAUUCUUUGCUUGCAACAAGAACGAGGAGCUCGCUGCCAACUAUCUUUUGGAUCAUAUGCAUGAGUUUGAAGAUUGAUCUAUGGAGGAGAGCCCAUUGGAACAGGUUCCGCAGUGCUACAAACUAAAUCGACAGCUUUCUAUGAUAUCAUUGUGCUUCCUAAAAGCUUGUGGGAUGUGGAAUGAAUGCUCUAUACUUGGCUUAUAUAUAGAUACAGAUAUUUUAGUUUCGCUGAGACCACAACCGUGUAUAAAGAUUGUGCGAUACCAUAGACUAAGAGUUUGGAUCAUGCCUCAUGUGUUGCUUUCUUCAAGAGUUAAAAAUAAUAUUCUUUUAGGAAACAUUGGGAAUUCAUUUAUGUUACACUUCAA